AGCUGCUGUGGCAUAUAGAAUUCGUAAAUGUAUCUUUUCAAUAUCCUUCAAGAGCAAUGGUACCAGUUCUGCAGCAUAUAAAUUUAUCGGUUCAUCCUGGUGAAGUGGUUGCACUAAUUGCUCUCAGUGGUAGUGGGAAAAGCACGAUGGUGAAUCUUUUGCUUCGUCUCUACAAGCCAACAAAUGGUCAGAUUUUAGUUGAUGGCGUCCCUCUUAAUGAACUGGACAUCGAGUGGUUGAGGGGGAAAAUAGGAUAUGUGGGACAGGAACCAAAAUUUUUCUGCAUGGACAUCAGUUCAAACAUUAAAUACGGAUGUACCAGAAACAUAAAACAAGUGGAUGUUGAAUGGGCUGCCAAGCAGGCAUAUGCCCAUGACUUCAUCACACUACUUCCCGAUGGGUAUAACACACUUGUCGAUGAUGAUCUGCUCAGUGGGGGACAAAAGCAGAGAAUUGCCAUUGCACGAGCCAUUCUUAGAGACCCUACAAUUCCCAUCCUUGAUGAAGCAACCAGUGCACUGGACGCAGAGAGUGAACACAAUGUUAAGGUAGCCUUGUUACCGAAUUCCAUUUCCAUUAGGAGGUUGAGCAUGGAACUUGGGGCUUGUUUCUUAGUGUUUCACAUGCCACUUUAUCCAGAGUGUUCAUCCAGAAGAACCGUCAUAGUAAUUGCACACCGAAUUUCUACAAUUCAAGCUGAUGACAGAAUUGUGGUGAUGGUUCGUGGUCAAAUCGUUGAGAUUGGCAGUCAUAGUAAAGAUGGUCUAUAUCCACGAUUGACAAGAAGACAGACUGAUACUCUAGCAUGA